ACACAUUUUCCACACAUUCUCACACAAUCACGGUUUGCUGACUCAUUCGCCUCUCUGCUCUGUGGUUUGAGUUGCCUGCUAAUAAAACUGUAGUAGCUGCUUCUCUUUGCCUUCUGAUUUCAACUACCGUUGGGGUUUAUACGAUAACGGUUACGAGGGUGAUUGGUCAACGAAGCACAGCCACUACAGAAUUGGCGAUCCCGACGAGCGAACACGAAACAACUUUCGACGAUAUAAUCAAAUUCCCAAAAUUCAACGCACUUCAUCUCAACUUGGAUUAUCAUAUGGACUAUAAUUUUAACUGUGGAUUUAUUAUAUUACUAUUUUAAUUACACGUACAUUAUUUCACAAACAUUAUUGAAUUAACGAUAAUAAUCAUAUUAAAUAACGAUUAUUGACAAACAAUUGAUAUAUUGGUGCAAUUUAGUAAGUCUGUUCUAUGUUAUAAAUUGUACCAUUUGUUAUUAUCAUUGUUUUUGGUCCGUCCAUUUUUCUUUAUGACAGUUACAUUAUAUUCGUGUGCUACUUAAUAUUUUUUAUAAACAUGUCUUCCGAAAACACUGUAUCAAGUUUACAGCAAACCCAGUCCGUGAGGUCUCUUAAUCUUCCUGCCCCCUCUUUUAAUGUCACCGACCCAAAACUUUGGUUCAUUAGACUUGAAAAUUAUUUUUUGGCUAACCGCAUUCACUUACAAAGAGAUAAAUUCGGUCUCACAAGCACACUCCUUCCAGACGAAGUAGCAAAUAGCGUACGAGAGGCGUUAGCAAAACCAGACAUCGAGAAGCCGUACGAUGUACUAAAGCAAGAAGUAAUUAAAACUCUCUCUCUAAGUGAUCAGCAAGCUGUCGAACAACUUCUUAACCAAGUACAAAUGGGAGAUAGAACCCCAUCACAGCUAAAAACGUAUAUGAAAAGCCUGUUGGGCGAUAGGCAAAUAGACAAUAACCUGUUUUAUCAACUGUGGCUUAGGCGACUUCCGUCAAGUGUACAGCAGAUCCUAGCCGUCGGAGAUACGGACGCCGAUAUAGACAACAUAGCAAAAAUAGCCGAUAGAAUAUACGAAAGAACCAAACAAACAAGCCCUCCAUUACACAACGUGACGGUAGAUGAUAGACUUAGUACUUUACAAAAAGAGGUAAGUAUUUUGUGCCGCAAGCUCACAGAAUUAACACAGAGCGAAAUAAGACCACGAAGAUCAUCACGAGAUCGCUCGCGCGACAGAAACCGAUCACCUUCUAGAAGACGCACAGCUCCCUUGAUAUGCUGGUAUCAUCAAAUGUAUGGCUAUAGAGCUAGGAAAUGUUUACAACCUUGUAGAUUUAACAUAACAGGUAAACGAUACCCACGAUUGUCAAUGGCAACGGCAUCAAAGAACAUAAUGCCUGCAAAUAGCCGCCUGUUUUAUAUACAGGAUCGAACGACAGGUGCUCAAUUCUUAGUUGAUACUGGAGCGGAAAUCAGCGUAGUACCUCCCGUAGGCGAGGAGAGAAGAAAUGUUAAUGCGUCACUAGUGUUAAGAGCAGCAAACAAAUCAGACAUUAAGACAUACGGCAAACGAAAGUUGUCCCUAGAUUUCGGACGAGGCGCUUCAUACCGCUGGGACUUUGUCAUAGCAGAUGUAUCAGUGCCCACAAUUGGCAUCGAUUUCCUAUGUAACUUUGAUCUGCUAGUAGACUCGCGACGUCACAGACUUAUAAAUGGUAGUCACACCACUUCGAUAAGAGGAACACUUACAGAAGCCGUUUCCAUGAAUCUAGUGAUAGAUAAAAGCCACGGUGAUCCAUAUAAAUUGUUGUUAAAUGAAUUUCCUGAACUCGUGAAAGUAACGUACAAUAAGGCAGAUCUCAAACACUCCAUUCAGCACCAUAUCAUAACGAAUGGACCACCAAUUAAUGCAAGGCCAAGAAGAUUAGACCCAAAAAGACUAGCAAUAGCAAAACAGGAAUUCGACAAGUUGAUGAAGCUGGGCAUUAUAAGGCCUUCGAACAGCCCGUGGGCAUCCCCAUUACAUAUGGCCCCGAAAAAGAAUGGCGAAGUUAGGCCAUGUGGAGACUACAGAGCACUUAACAAACAAACAGUAGCCGAUAGAUAUCCUAUACCACAUAUCCACGAUUUUACUUACAGUAUAGAAGGCGCUACUAUCUUCUCAAAGAUCGACUUAGUUAGAGCCUACUAUCACAUUCCUGUUGCUCCACACGACAUACCAAAGACAGCGGUAACGACCCCGUUUGGACUGUACGAAUUUCUGCGCAUGCCUUUCGGACUGACGAACGCAGCGCAAACCUUUCAACGGUUUAUCGACCAGGUCAUCAGAGGUUUACCUGGAGUUUACGCAUAUAUCGAUGACUUACUAGUAGCCAGCGCCACUAAGGAUGAACACAUACAACAGUUACGACAAUUAUUCAUGCGACUGCGAGAACAUGGCGUUUCCAUAAACAUUGAGAAGUGUGAAUUUGGAAAGGAAUCCUUGCAAUUCCUAGGUCACGUUGUAACUUCUCAAGGCAUUACACCUGUCUCAACAGAAGUCGACGCUAUCAAAAAUUAUCCGCUACCCGACUCAUGGAAGAAGUUACGACGAUUCCUCGGGUUAGUAAAUUACUACAGACGAUUUAUCCCGAAUUGUGCGGCGAUAUUGCAACCAUUAACUGACUCGUUAAGAGGACACGCCCGGAAAUUCCAAUUAUCACCAGAGGCGAUACAGGCAUUCGAGCAAGCCAAAAAAGCAUUAAAUAAAGAAACGACAUUAACUAGACGAAAGAGUGAAACACCACUAGCUAUCAUGACUGACGCUUCGGAUGUGGCGGUAGGAGCCGUUUUACAGCAGUUAGUAAACGGCACUUGGGAACCCCUCUCAUUUUUUUCGAAAAGACUGAACCCUACACAAACAAGGUACAGUACUUUUGGAAGAGAACUACUAGCAAUUUACUUAGCCAUAAAACAUUUUCGUCAUAUGGUAGAAGGUAUAAGUUUUACCGUCUUCACAGACCACAAACCACUUACUAAAGCAUUAAGCGCAAAGCAAGACAAUUAUGCCCCGAGAGAGAUCCGGCAGUUAGAAUUCAUUUCACAGUUCACUUCCGACAUACGAUAUAUUGAAGGACAGGAAAACGACGUAGCUGACGCUCUGUCCAGAGCAAUGAUAAACGCACUUAUGGCAAGUGGAAUCGAUUACAAUGGUCUAGCAAAGUUGCAAGAGAGAGACACCGAAUUAAAGAAGCUCAGAUCCGAGGGUACGACAUCACUAGUGCUCGAAGAGGUGCGGUUCGGUAACACGAAAGUAACAUGUGAUACAUCGACAGGCCGACCGCGACCAUUUAUCCCGACAUCAUUGCGACAGAAGAUUUUUGAAAGUAUGCACAAUAUGUCGCAUCCCGGAAUAAAAGCCACGAUAAAACUAAUCAGUGAACGAUUUGUAUGGACAAACAUGAACCACGAUGUACGUAAUUGGACACAGGCAUGCAUAAAGUGUCAAAAAGUCAAAGUACAUCGUCACACUAGCUCCGCAGUGGGUCCAUUUUCACACCCAGAUACUAGAUUUGAGCAUAUACACAUCGACAUUGUAGGACCACUGCCGGUUUCGAAUGGAUACAAUUAUAUAUUUACAUGCAUUGACAGAUUUACUCGAUGGCCGGUGGCAGUACCGAUAAAAGAUACCUCAGCCGAAUCGGUAGCCAAAGCAUUAGUUGAAAAUUGGAUUUCUUACUACGGCGUACCAGCGAUCAUCACAACUGAUAGAGGAGCUCAAUUCGAAAGUCGACUCUUUCAACAGCUUACAGAACUCCUCGGUAUUAAACGAAUUCGAACGACAUCUUACCAUCCAAUGGCAAACGGAAUGGUCGAACGUCUACAUAGGCAAUUAAAAGCAUCUCUUACAUCCGUCAUUGUAAACAAUGAUUGGGCCAAUAAGCUUCCUCUAGUAAUGUUAGGUUUAAGAGCAACAAUUAAACAAGAUAUAGGAUGUUGUCCAGCCGAGUUGGUAUACGGAACUACUCUACGGUUACCCGGAGAAUUUUUCACUUCGAAUAAAUGUGUUCCGACUGAUGUAGCCAACUACGUACAACGCUUGAAAAAGCACAUGAGCGAUUUAAAAACAACACCACCCAGACCGCAACAACGACAGGUAUUCAUACCUCAGGAGCUACACAAAAGCACUCAUGUAUUCAUUAGAAGAGAUAAAGCACAACCACCCCUGCAACCGAAUUACGACGGUCCGUUUAAAGUGACAGCGAGGACAGAUAAAACGAUUACCAUAGAAAAAGCUGGGAAAACAGAUGUAAUCAGUAUCGAUAGAGUGAAACCAGCUUUCAUCGAUAGCGAUAUUCAGUCAACAAGUACAAAAUCCUCGAAGAUUGUCACACCGACGAAACACGAGUCUCAAGAAUCAACGACGCUAACGCAGCAAAAAGGCGAGACUCCAGUAACAACGAGAUCUGGCCGCAGAGUAAGAUGGCCUCAACGCUACAUCGCUACAAUUUUAUAUUGAUAAUUUACUAUUAUUUUGAAUAUUAAUUAUAACUCUUCCACUUCAUUGUAUACAUAUACAUUAUUAAGCCUAUAUUAUACACUAUAAAACUAGGCAUAUAUUAUGUACCCUACACUUAUAUGUAAAAAAAAACAAACGAUAACACAUUUCUUCUAUUCCCUACUAUUAUUUUAUAUAGCCUCACGGACAAGCACAAACCACAUACACAACACAUUUAGCUUCAUCUUAAUUUUGUAUAAGUACUUUUUCCAAACAAUUGUAACUACUCGAUUCAGUUUACUAUUUUUUGUGCAAACACAGACAUUUUUUUCUAUAUAUCUUUGUUUGCAGGGGGGAGCUAUUAUAGCAACUCACGUUCAAUUGAGUUUGCCCUCAUCUAAUUCGUUUAAGCCCUUUUGUUAACCUAGUAAACGGACAAGGUUAUCUGUACUUUAACAACUUAUUCUAUCUUUAUAUUUGUUAUGCUUGUAUGAAUAAGCAUGCCUGAACACUGUUGACUGCCCACGCAUAUAUUCAUCCCACUAACCUUAUUAUUAUUCGCUUAAUCGAUUCGAUAGUCCAUUCACUUUUCUAUAUAUAUACAUGUAUAUUUAACACUCCACACAUUUUCCACACAUUCUCACACAAUCACGGUUUGCUGACUCAUUCGCCUCUCUGCUCUGUGGUUUGAGUUGCCUGCUAAUAAAACUGUAGUAGCUGCUUC